AUGAGCAAUAAGGAGAGAUUGGAGUUCCUUUAUAACCCAAAGGCUUUAUUGGAAUACGACAAUGAAAAGUAUUUACUGGAAAACACUUCCAAAAUAUUAGGUGAAACAAAUUUUCAAAACCAAGAAGAAUUUGUGCCUGAUUUUGAUUUAGAAGAAAAAGAAAUAAUAAACAGACUAAGAGAAGAUCCCUUACUAAUCAUUAAAAAGAUGGAACUGAAACAUAUGAAGAUAGUUGAUGAAUAUAACAAGAAAAUAGAUGAAUUUACUCAAAAGAAAUCGACAUUACCGAAUACAGAAAGAAAUACAAAGUUUAGAAAAAGCUCUCUUUCAAGAUCACCCGAAAGGCGAUCAGACCCAUACUUUUCACAUAAUUAUAAACAUUCACAUGACUCAAGAAAGAAUUAUCUCACAAACAAAUAUGGAAACAGAAAUGGAAAUGACAAUCAUCUCUCAAAGUCUCAAAAAGAAGAAAAACUUCAAAAUAUGAUAAAUUAUGGGAAAUUCAUUCAAAAUGAAAGAAGCCACAAAUUUAACGCUAAAAAUAUUUCCAAGGAAGAACCCGCCAAAAAUCACAAUCACAAUUAUUUGCAAGAAAUGAGAAGUCAAAUCAAUCAAAAACAAAUUUCAUCUUUAGAACAGAGAAUGAAGUUUAUGAAAAAUUGA